GCACGGAGCUCCGGGUUUGGCUUCUCCUCUCUCUCACACACACUCCCCCCCUCUCUCUCCCUCUCUCUGGAUAUUUCCCUCCCCGGAGUUGGAUCUAGAGAUGGAGUUUGGGAUGGAGGACCAGGAUCUCCUCUUCUUCCCGGAGCUCCUCCACCCUAACGGCUCGGAGUCAGAGGUGUUUCCCGGUGACGGCGGAGAGACGGUGCACCUGGUGGUGCGCUGCAUCAUGACCUCGGUGUACAUCCUGAUCAUCACCGUGGGUUUGCUGGGAAACAUCACGCUGGUGAAGAUCUUCAUCACAAACAGUGCCAUGCGUAGCGUGCCCAACAUCUUCAUCUCCAGCCUCGCGGCGGGGGACCUGCUGCUGCUGCUCACGUGCGUGCCGGUGGACGCCUUCCGGUUCUUCUCCGUGGAGUGGGUGUUUGGAGAGGCCGCGUGCAAACUCAUCCCCGUGAUCCAGCUCACCUCCGUGGGGGUGUCCGUGUUCACGCUCACCGCUCUAAGCGCAGACAGGUAG